AUGGAUCAGAUUCUUCAGGGCAUUCCUCACACAACGUGCUACAUUGAUGAUAUUCUCGUGACUGGCAGAUCAAUAGAGGAGCAUAUAGCCAAUUUGAAACAGGCGCUAAAACGUCUUCGAGAGCGUGGGGUACGACUUGAGAAAGAAAAGUGCGAGUUCUUCAAGGAAGAGCUUUCGUACCUGGGUCAUAGAAUCAGCAGGGACGGGCCGACUACGUUGGACGACAAGGUGACUGCCCCGACCACGACGUUAUCCCUAGGAUCGCACGUAUGUUCGCUUGUGGCUGUUAGCUCUAUCGCUGAACCAGAUCUCAACGGCCAGGAGACUGCCCCGUCAGGGCCAACGACGGGGAUCUCUUCAAUGGCAGCGGCACGGUUGCAGCGAUGGACAUGCAACCUGGCAGCCCACCGGUACAGUGUAGUGUACAAGGCCUCGGCAGCAAAAGCGAACGCAGACUUCCUCUCGAGACUGCCACAACCGACUAGAGGCUGCAAGGAGGACGUGGUCGGCGAGACGUAUGUGUUUUUCUGUGACUAUUUCGAGAACAUUCCCGUAAAAAGCAGUGACAUUUCCCGAGUUACGUGCAAGGACCCCCUGCUCAGCAGAGUGGUUCAGUUCGUACUGAAUGGUUGGGAAACACAAAGCACGCCGCCACCAGAAAGGCUCCUGCCAACCUUCCCUUGCAACGUAACAUCCGCACAUGCUGGACCUCAUGAGGCCUUCCGUGGCUGA